AAUACCUAACUGCCACCACUGGGGGGCGGUGUGGCUUUAUGACUCAGCCGCGUUUCCGGUCCAGAGAAGAGGAAGAGCGGAGCCGGAAGCGCUCGGAGCUGCCGCUGUCACUGCUGAGUGAAGAGGAGGCAGAAAUGCUCAUUUCAGGUGUUUGGAAAUGUAAGAACAUGUUUUCAAAGGCAGAAUGUUAGAUUGUUAUGCUAAAAUUAUACAUUAAAUGUCGCUGCUUUUAUUUUUAUUCUUUUUUUUUGUUUUUUUAGAAGAUGCUGCAAUAAAUAAGGAUUGUUUGGAAUAAACAGAAAUGGGCCAGCUGCUGUCAUCAGCAGAAGAGGAUGCGCUUGCUUCCGUCCUCUAUGAAGCUAUGCUGGAAGCCGGCGCCGUACCUGACCUCAGAGUCGUCCAUCCUCUCCUGUUAGCCAAUCAGGAGGAGAGCUUUGCCUCCCAGGUUGGCCUCGUGGAACAGCUCCAGCAGUUGCAGGGCUCUAUUGAGCAUCGUGCCCCCUCCUACUUGAAGGAUCUAAUUGGCCGACUCUCGACCUUCUCGGAUGAGCCUCGCCUGGCGGGCCUGUUGGGAUUGAUGAUCACCAUGGUGAUGGAUAUGGUCUACACGUCUUCCAAACACUCAUCAGGAGGAAAAGGGAAGUCAUCAUCAUCUCAGAGAAUCUGGGAGCUCCAGGAGGUGAUGGAGGAGCACCUGAAGCGCUGCCGGAUCAACCUGACCGAUAAGAACAGGCUUAUCCAGGACUUCCUCCGACUCGAGGCCCAGUUCAGCCUCAUCCUCACCCAGCUGAAGACCUGCCUCCUUGGGGGGGAUUGUGCUUCGAGUUCUCUGAGGCACUGGGCCAGCGGAGCCGUCUUUCACACCCAGAUGCUGAUUCAUCUGGCUCGCCUGGAAGGCAAGGCUGAGCCUUUCUCUGCAAGGGCGGCGCUGGAGCAGUACAGGGAGGACCUAGCACAGAUCAUACCUGCGUACAGGCGGUACAAAUCUAAAACGAUCAGUGUGAUCAAAUGUAGAGGAGGACUUGUAGCCCAGUCCGACUCCUCCUGUGAGGUCCAUGAAGACGGAGCUUUGACUGGACUCACUGUGAUGGAUAAAGAAACGGGAAGCAGCGUGACCGUCCCUCUCUCCCUCCUGGAGGCAAAAACAGGACCGGAUCAGAUCACUCCCCAGGUGAACCUGGACCUCAUCACCUCAGAUCAGUACGCUCAGGCGUACCUGGACCGCCUCUUCUCCGAUGGGGGACCCGUGUCGGAGCUGGAACGCUUUUUCGUAAAAGCGUGUGCUAAACUGCAGAGCACCGAGCUCGUGGGUAAACAAGCUGAAGGAGUUCCUCUGAAAGAAAACGCAGAGGGAAGAAGAGAGAAGCAGCCAAAGAGUGUGACGAAAGUGGAAAACUCAGAGGAGUCCAGCCAAACGGAUACCAGCUUGAAACUGAGUAUUAUUGAGACGCAACCUCAGCAAAGCCUCGAUCAAAGACCUGAUGAGUCAGCAAAUACAAAAAACACUAAAAAUGAAUAAAAAGAUGCAAUAAACCAAAAAUAUGUCACAGUUGUUCAGGAUUUAUUAAGAUAAUAGUGGAACCUCUAAAACUGAUCAAUGAAGGAGUAGUGAGAUCUUCCUAAGAAUACGCUCACAUAUCUCAAAAUGUCACCGCACAGCAACCUAAAGUUUCUGAGCAAAUUCGGCGUCAUUUGUAAUUGGGAGGCAGCACUAAAGUCAUAGAUAAGAUGCACUGAACUAUUAAGUGAGACAAAAGGGUCAGAAAUAAAUCAGACUUUAGUAACUGCAUUCACAGUAACUCUAAGGGAGUAUUUAGAGGGUCUAUUGGACCAAGUUUGCUUAAUUUAGUCCGCGUUGUUGGGCUGGGUUGAUUUAAAUCGAUUUGAAUUGAAUCAUAAAAGUAUAAAUCAAUUUAGCACAUACAGCUGAAGUCUGCUAGCUUGAUGUUAACUUUUAAUGGAAUUUCCCAUAGGAUGGCUAAUGCUAACGUUCAGUUGAGCUAAACAUAAAUUGCUGACUAAAUGAACAUCUUUAUAAACUCACAGGCAAAAAUUCAAAAAUUUGACUCAAGUAAAAAUAUCGUUACUUUACCAAAAUAGUACUCGAGUUCAAGUAGAGAGUAGGCCUCCAAAUAAUUGCUUGAGUAAGAGUAAACCAGUACUUGGAUUAAAAUUUACUUCAGUAGCUAAUGAGUAACCUCCCAUUUUUUUUAGUAACUAUUUGUGUCGUACUUCCUUCUUCUGGAAUAAGGUGUAAUGUUAUAGUGCGAUCGCCACCUAGUGGCCAAACUGAAACGUCCUCCAGGAGAAGCGGAACAAUAUUUACAAUUUUAAUGAUCUGAACAUUUUUGUCAGAACUUCUCCUUUAGAGAAUCCAUGUAACUCUGUAUGAUAUUAACAAUCUCAUUAUUUCAAGAAUAAAUUUUAAAGUCUGUGAGCUGUAUCUGAUUAAUAUAAAUAUAUGCAAAACACAUAGUAGAUUAUUAAUGUAUUUCUAAACAAAUGUGCAUAAAUGUGUAAACUCUAAAUUUAAUUGAACUGAAGAAUUAAAAAAAAAUCGGAAUUGAAUCAAUCCAGGCUCUAGUGAAUUGAAUCGUUUCUGGAAAUUACAAUCGAUACUCAGCCCUACUUUAAAUGCAUCUUGAAGUGCAAAAAAUACAGUAAUCAUAAAUGAACUGGGACUGACAGACACUCCUUUACAGAUUAAUUUUCACCCAUCCAGACACUUUACGCACGUUUUUUUAUGUUUCAUUCCUUUUUCUGGUUUGUUUGUGGUAACAUCUGAAAACCCCAUGUUCAUAAGUGUAGAUGUUACCAUCAGAGAUCCAUGAAAAUUCAAACGGCACAACGUGACAUCGUUCCAAUUUUCAAAAUGCAUGACAACGUGGUUAUUAUUUUGGGUAUGAAACCGGAACACGCUCACCUGCCUUUGAAAAAAACUUUUCUGGCAUUUAAAUUACAGCUUUUUGUCAACCCCCCCAUGGAACAGUUAAGAACAGCGACCUGCCUGCCACCUGCACGCGGCGUGCAUGUUAAAGCAGGCGUAAGGUCUGAAGGGCCUCUUUUUGAGUGACGUUCACAGAGAGAGACGGCCCUUUUUCUUAAGUGCUUUUCACUUACAAAGGUUGAAGAGACGCUUUCUUCCUCGGAGUUGCGGUCUGUGAUGCAGCAGGUGGGCGAGCAGCACACAACUCUGUUGUUGGACUGUGUGGAUGUCAAAGCAUAGGAGGGAGAGUGAGUGUGGUGGUGGAAGUGAGUCUGUACCGACAGAAGAAAGAUGGGAAAUUGAAAUGAGGGAUGCACUAAGUACAGAGCAUCUUCAGGAGGAUUCCGUUUGACAGGGAUUCUGCCUUUAAGUUUUUUUUUUUUUUAAGAAUUUCUGUGAGUUACUUUGAGGAUAAUGGGGAUUAUUCUUUGGCAGAUGCAUAGAAAACUGAUGCUUUUUACGCUUGUUCAGAUGCCAUUGAGUCACUACUGUUACUGCUGUGUGAUUUGCAUUAGUGCUCAGUCCUCUCCUGUUUACAUCUCUUCCUGCCUGAUAAUAAAACAAUUGUAUUAUGAAAUGUAAAUGUUUUUGUUUUGUUUUUUUAAGAUGUGAUAGUAGAUAGGUGAUAGAAAAUUGUGAAUGUAUAAAAUUAUAUUAUAUUUUAUGUUUAAAAGUUUUAUUAGGAAGAGGCUCUAAUAUAAGCACAUAUGGAUUUUUUGCACCUACUUUUUAUGUAUUCCUAUACCUGUUAUUUUGGAAUAUGUUGUAUAAGUGCAAAUAAAUAAAAUGUAAAAAAAUCAAAAAAUCGUUAUAUGAAUAACCAACACAGCCAUUUUCAAUUUUUUUUCUGAUUUUUUUUUUUUCCUUUCAAAAUUUUUGAUAAAUCAUUCAAAAUAUAUGCACGAACUGGGAUGCAUCAACUAUAUAUAUCAUACAGUAUUUGGAGACAAAAAUCUCUCCAACUCUCCCCAAACAAAAUGUACUUUCUGUUGCAAUAGUUACCAUUCAGAUAAGGAAGUGGAACUCAUGUUUUAUAAUAAAUGUAUUGAUUUAGGAGCUAUUGUUUUGGCAUUAUGGUGUUAAAGCAUACGUUGAGUCUCCGGAAUGUUAACACAGGGGUGUCCAAACUUUUUGCAAAGAGGGCCAUAUUUUGUGAGAAGGCCCACCAAUCAACCUGUGUAAUUCUACUAAAGUUAAUUACUUUUUUCUUUAUUAACACUCACUUUAUAUAGACUGUAAUUUUCCGUUUCUCCACUGGUGGCAGUCAAAAUUUUAAAUGUUGGUCUUUAGAAUUUGUUCGGAGUGAUCAUCCUGUCAUUGUUUUGAUCUUUUUUCCCAACAUGCGCAAAAAGCACAGCAAAAUAGAAGACCAGAGCGAGUUCGUGUGUUCCGCUGAAGAAUCUGGUGAGACGCCAUGUUGGACUUUGGCAAAUUAUGGUCAAAUACGUCAUCUCGACUGCUUUUUUUCUUUCUUGGAGUUCAUCUGGAUCCCUGGUCUUCCUUCUAUUAUCUCAUCUACUCCACCAUCAUUCCGUCAUCUUACCAUCCUGGUUCCUCUCAUCUCAUCUACUCUACGCGAUCGUCUGGAAAUCUCGGUUUGGACUUUGUCUUUAUUUUUUUUUUAGUGAGUACACUCGAGGGGUUCAGUAUUUUCUUCAAAACAAAGGAGAAAAAGGGAUUGGACUUAGGUACCUAUUGAAAUACAGAUUUUUCUGAGAAAUCCGUUUUAUUUGAACAUCCUUUUCAUGUGAGUGGCCACUUGGUUUUUUGUAUUUUUUUGGGGAAAUUUUAAACACGAGAUUGUGAUUUCUUUGGUGCGGACUACUCUAAAUUGUGGAAUAUUUCACAAUAACCAAUUUCCUCACUGAAUCUCCAUUUGAGGAUAUUUAGAACUGUUUCACACAGCAGCACCAUCUAGGGCAGGGGUCUCUGACCUUCAACAGAGCCAUUCGGGUCAAUUUUUCACUGACGAAGACCCAGCAGGAGCCACAAAGGCUCACUUCAUCCUUCAGAAAAAUAAGACGGGGAUUUGUAUUUAUGACAACGUCACCGUUAUGAUGAAUAAAAAUUAACUUCUUUUGUAUGAAUAAAAAAUGAAUAUAAAGAGAAAAUGCCCCUUUAUUUUUCAAAAUAUGAAAUAGUUUAUAACUUUUGAAAGAGGUUCACAUGAUGUCCUUUCAAAAUAAAAGCCCCCUUUUGUCACAUAGAAUCAGCUCAAUGCUGCCAGUGUAAUAGCAGGUAGUGUAAUGUCAGCAGUGAUUAAAAAAAA